AUGCGUACACAGUACGUACUUGUCCUUGAACAUAAGAAGAUCACGUCGUUGUCGGAGUCGUGGCCCGGUGGCGAUGUCGUCGUCGUUGCCGAUGCCACGGCCAUUGGCAAUGCGUCUGCGGUAGAUGCUGAUGUGCACCACGCACCGGGUCUCGAGCCUAGAAAUAUCACAUCAUCGCCGCGACCAUCACCCGAAGUCAACGCCGUCGUCCUUGUUGCCGAUACCAUAUCCAUUGACGAGGUGUCUGUUGUCUGUGAUGCAUGCUAA